AUGUCGGGCAAGAUUUCUAGUGAUCAAAUUGAAGCCUUGAAGCUUCAUCUUGGCAAAGGUACGGCCGUCAUCUGCCCUGAAGACCAAGGGUAUGAAGAAGGUCUAAAGAGAUGGUCUGACAUCGCAUCCAGACCAGCUGGCGUUGUGCUUCUUCCCGAUAACGCCGACGAUAUAGCAAGAGCCGUUCGCUUCGCCAAAGACAAUCAUCUCGACCUCGCUGUCAAAUGUGGGGGUCAUUCCACCGAUUCGUCCUCCUCGAGUGAUGGUGGUGUAUCGAUCAAUUUUGCGCGCCUGAACAAAGUGCGAGUAGACCCGCUGGCAAAGACUGUCACUGUGCAAGGGGGUGCGCUAUGGGAGGAUGUGAAUAACGCUGCGGCCCAGUUCAACUUGGCUGUAGUUGGAGGAACAGGGAGUCAUAUUGGCGUUGGUGGCCUUACUCUUCGCGGGGGCAACGGGUUUUUAACCCCACAAUAUGGAAUGGUCAUUGAUAGCCUGCUGUCUGCACAAGUGGUCGUCGCAGACGGUCGACAACUGACGGCUUCUGAGAAGGUAAACCCAGACCUAUUCUGGGCUCUCCGUGGAGCGGGUCAGUGCGUUGGGCUCGCCGUUGAAUUCACGUUCAAGGCUCAUCCUCAGGAAAAUAAUGUCUGGGCAGGGAUUGUCACAUUCCCGGGCGACAAACUCGCAAGCGUUGUCGAGAUGCUGGAUAUCGUUUCGAAGCACCCUGAAGGCAAGGCGGCUCUCUUAUGCGCGAUCGCAAUAUGUCCAAUCAGUCAUGAACCGGUUGUGAAUAUAAUUGUCUUCUUUAAUGGAAGCGAGAGUGCCGGUCAACGGCACUUUGCACCACUGCUUGACCUGGGAUAUAUUGCCUUCGAUGUCAGUAUGAAACCCUACCGUGACGUUCCGGCAAUGCUAAACGCCGCUGCCCCUGAAGGUGGUCAUGAGCUCAAACGCAAGAUUGAGAUUGAGCCAGAAAUGGGCAAAAGCUCCAUACAAAUGGAUUGCAUCGAUCUAUCUGCCGCUGUUAAGGUUCCUAUAGCAUCAACUGCGUUUCCUAGUCGCCAUCUACUGGUAAACGCAGCUCUGGUGUUGCAGUGGACAGAUGAGAAUAAGGAUGCUGAGAUGAUAAAAUGGGCGUCCGAAGUCAAAGAGAUGUUUGACAUUGAAUUGAAACGCGAAAACCACGAGACAUCAAGUUUGGUGUCUAACUUUGUUAGUUAUACCCAAGAAACGAAAGUGUCCCCGGGAGAAAUGUUUGGAAUCAAUGCCGAGAAACUACUCGAAACCAAGAAGCAGUAUGAUCCGGAAAAUGUGUUUCGCAAGCUGAAUCCCCUCUUUUAA